CAUUUGCAAGGCUACGCAAUUGAUUCAAUUGAUGGACGCUGAAAGUGGCUUGUGGCGUGGUGACGUCACGGCGCGGGGAGGGCGUGCAGUCAGUGUACGGCCGGCCGCCGAACCGAACGGAAGGGUGCACGAUGUGCGCGCGGUGAACAAAACAAUCGCGAUGCUGUUCGAGAGUCCCAACGCGAAAUUGUACCCGGCUUUCAACAUCCCGCCGCCCGUUAGGCUGAGCGGUGCGUUGGGCGGGCUGGAGGUAGUAGACGGUGGUCUGGUUGGCGGCGAGCUGGCGGCGCACGUGCUGAGCGCGCAGGCGGCUGCCCACGCCGCUGCAACAGCCGCUCAUCAACAGCAACAACAGCAAAUUGCUGUGCAACAAAUAACAAUAUCUUCACCCAUCACAGAGACAUCACCGUCAUCCGGUCGCUCGACACCAGUGGCUACCACAGCAGGCACCACGUCACCGUCGCCGAGCAAGCUGUUCGUCGGCGGUCUCAGCUGGCAGACGAGUUCUGAGAAGCUCAGGGAAUACUUUGCUAUGUUUGGCCCCGUCACCGAUGUGCUAAUCAUGAAGGAUCCGGUCACACAGCGCUCGCGCGGCUUCGGCUUCAUCACGUUUCAGGAGGCCUCCUCCGUCGAUAAGGUCCUCGCCGUGCCGGUGCACACGCUGGACGGCAAACGCAUCGACCCGAAGCACGCGACUCCCAAAUCGGCCCCCAAGCCCGCAAAAACCAAAAAGAUAUUCGUCGGGGGCGUCGGCCAGGACACCUCCGCCGACGAGGUCCGCGCCUACUUCUCGCAGUUCGGGCUCGUCGAGGACGCCGUGAUGCUGAUGGACCAGCAGACGAAGCGCCACCGCGGCUUCGGCUUCGUGACGUUCCACUCGGAGGAGGCCGUCGAGCGCGUGUGCGACAUCCACUUCCACACGAUCAAGAACAAGAAGGUGGAGUGCAAGCGCGCGCAGCCCAAGGAGGCCGUGGCGGCCGCGCCGCUGGCGCUGGGCAAGCGGCUCGUGCUGCGGCCCGGGCGCGGCCUGGUGUACGCGGGCGGCGUGGGCGGCGUGCCGGCCGUGGGCGCGCACGCCUACCGCUACGCGCCCUACGCGCUGCCGGCCGCCGCGUCCACCGCGCUCGUGGCGCCGCCCGCGCCCGCGCCCGCGCCCGCGCUGCCGCAGUUCGGCGCCGCCUACUCGCUGGCCGGCGUCGACAUGUCCUCGUUCCAGGGCGUCGACUGGAGCGCCAUGUACGGCGUGCCCAUGUACAUAUAAGCGCCCGCGGCCCUUUCGUUUUCCGAACAGUUCCUACGCUUCAUUUCGGAUUUGGCGUCGUCUUGCCGCGUCGCGAGGUCCGCGUCCGCGAGCCGCGCGUCCGCCGCCGGCGCGACGCUCGGCCCGACGCGGGACCCGAAGCGAAGAAUACGCAUUUUUUUUAAAGUUAAAUAUAAGGCGAAGAUCUCAAAUAAUUUAGUUUGAAAUUUGAGGAAAAAGAAACUGAUUUUUUUCUUAUUAUAUUUUGUCUUGGAUUUUGUAAUAGUUUGUAGCAUAGGUAGUGCACGAUCGUUGGCAAUAUGAUGAAUAAUAAUUAUUUAUACUUUGUGAGGAGUGUACGCGAUGAAUCUCAUUACAGCUAUGUAUCUUGUAACCUCUCGGAGCCGCGCCCGGCGCGUCCGGCGCCGUGUGACGUGCGUCUCGGUCCGUGGCGACAUCUUCCCUCGUACGUAAACCUCGAAUCAGUAUUAGAUUUUCGUGCCAUUUAUGAGAAUUGUGCCAAAACGACGUACCGAAUAUCGUACCGCGCCUAAUCAGUCGGCGGUUUACGAUUACUAAGAAAUCUAUUUAAACCGGUGACAUUUUUCGGCUAAAUUAUUCAAAAGACAUUUCCCGAACGUAGCAAUGACGUCGCUGACGUCACGCAAACGUCAAUGUGUCCGUAUGUCACACGCACGUCACGCGGCGCCAGCGGCAGCUCACUCAUACAUAUCUAACUCGUAAAGCAAUCAUUACAUGGCAUUGUAUGUAUGAUUUAAGUAGUUAUUACACCCUUGAUUGCAGUGGAUUUUGAUGUGUGCUUUGUAAAUUUCCUUUCUUUUACGAAUAUGCUUAAUCUGUAUACUAUUUUCUUAGACGUAUAUAUGAUGAUUUCCAGAUUGAGCUACGCUGUUGCUCCCUCAAUGCGAGUGUUGAUUUCUCUUCUCUGAACUAACUUUUUCUAUCUUGAAGAGCUUCAUUGUGGUAUCGCUUUUAAAAUUUCAAUCAGAUUUUUAAUAAAAUUUCUCGUGUCUCGGAGCCCUGAAUGAAUUAUUUCGUUGCCUGCAGGUAAUUACCUACUUACCGUACACCGUAUAGGUUAAUCCCCUAUACGGUGUACGGUAGUACAUUAAAUAAAAGUUUUUUUUUGUCAUCUAAAAUUUAACAAUUAUUCCUUUAUAUAUUUUCCCUGAUCUAUUUUUGUUGCAUAUAUCGAAAUAUAUAAGUAAAUAAACACGAAAAUAUUAAGGUUUAGUUUAUACAGAUGUAGAUUUCAACACUCACUCAUUUUUUUUCUCUUUAUCACGUUAUACGUUAAACUAGAAUCGAAAAACAAAGCCUAAAACUGAGAGGCUUCACACAGGUAUAUAUCGAAACCACUGCGAUUUGCGGAAGAGCCCACUAAUAUCUGUCAAGUUCAAGCAAUAAUAGAUCUUAUGUAAAAGUUGUGACGGAGGAAAAUCGUUUGUCUUGAUAGAUUAACCAUCAAAUGCACGUUUUGGGCGUGCACUAAAACACUUGGAAUUAAUUAUCAUUGGUUUCGCAACAUUACUCUUAACGAUUUUCUAGAAAAUCUCAUGGAAAAAAUUUAUGUCGAGGAUAAAUCGAUUUUAUGAGUGAAAAUUGUUUUAUUAAAGCUCUGUACCGAGAAAAUGCUGAAAUGAAAAUGGUUACGCGAAAGCAAAAUUAAAAAUGAUAUUUCUGGCAGCUACGACGCGUAAAACGUUCAUUUCGAUGGUUCCACGGCGCCGUUUAUGGGUGAUUUUAGAGAGUACGUUAAUUAAUUAGUUUAGCAAGUUAUAAGGGAAUGCGAACUAACACCCAGAGUGUACCGUGACAAUAAGCUAAGUAUUAAGCCGCUGUAGUGGCCGCUUGUCUAUGCCUGGAUAUUAAUUAAAUUUAAAAACUGAACGUUCUAUUAUAUCUAUGUGGUUCACUUAAUUGUAAUUAUCUGAAAAGUUUGCCCAACGUCGGGCGCCACUUUUAUAAAUGCUCUAUACAGCCUGUGAAUAAAGGCUUUCGGUAUUACUAGGUAGGUAUAUUCUCUUUUGUUUGAAAGUAGGUGCAGGAAAAGUGACCCAGAUUGUCGUUGCAGCGGCAUUGAUGUGCUUUUAUCCUAAUACGCCGUACUUUGCAUCGCGAAGAAAAUGUUUUUCUUUGACUAUUUAAAAAUGUCCCACAUCGGGCGCCAAAUUCAACUAUUUUUUUUUUUUGACAUUGUAUGCUCAGUGAAUUUAUUGGCUUACAUAUCCCAGUGAAUUAAUUAUAUUAAUUUUUCAAUCGAGAGUUCUUGAUUUUUUUUAAUUAUUCAGAACGACAAAAACUAGAGUGUGUUGCUUUACAGUAUGUAAAACUUUUUUUUCUUUUGACGGUUCACGUUUACAAAGUACUUAAUUUGAAAUAACUGUAGGUUAGGAAUUUAUAAAGCAAUACUCGAAUCUUAAACACUGUGAUUAGAAAAAGUAUUAUAUUAAUUAUUAUAUUAAAAGACGAUUGAUGGUUGUGUUCGUGCAAUUCCUAGUUUUUAAGUCUAAAUUUUCGGGACUUGGUCCCCGCAGUAUUGUAUGCACUUCCGAGUACUUAAAAGGUUAACGAAAUUGACAAAGGUCAUGUCUAUAGCUCGUAUCCAUCAAUGGAUAUCAAUUUAGCAGGUAAUAAUUAAAGCAAUAAUAAUCGUAGUUUUUUUGUUAUCUAGCAAUUAUUUACACAUACACAAUACAAGUAUAUUCAAGUACGAGUUAUAGACAAGAUAAUCGUCAACUAAACUUAGUGACAUGUACUUGCCAUUGCCAGGCAAAGACAAGCGGCGGAGUAGAGCUAUGCAUGCGGUAGCUUGGUCGACCACAUUCCCUCGCCGGUCGACUCACUUAUAGAAAUAUUGGCUUGUAGAAUGUUUUAGAAGGUUAUAUUUUAGUUUUUUUUUUUCACUUUUUUUUUUUAAUCAGCGGCAACGCUUUUUUUCUUUAUUAUUAUGACAAACAAGGAUGACUAUAAUGUCCUAAGAGUAAGAAUCUCAAUUUGUUUUAUUAUGUUUUUUUUUCAAGAUUAUCAUUCUAUAAGCCAAAAUUUUUCGAAUGCUAUUUCACAUGUAUACACAUCCCUUAUUAUUAUAGCAGUAUUCUUUAUAUUAUAAGUAGGCUAGAACCUUCUGAGAUUGCUUGCGAUUGCUGCAUUUUGAGUGUCUAUAAAUAUUUACCGUCUAAAGUAUUGACGAUUUAUUUUUACAAUUGACAAUCGUAUUUUUUUUUUACAUUAAAUUGAUUUUAAGAUGACACUCGAAGAUGCGGAGACCGCUUCGCCCAUUGAUAACACCUUUUGUAUAUUAGCAUUUUUCCCCUGAAAAUUUCAGUAUUAGAUGGUUGAUAUAAUAUUAUUGUGAUGUCUUAUAUUUCACUAGUAACCCCUCCGCAGGCGGCCGCUCGAUAUCUUGCCAAAGUAUUGAUAGAAGCGGAACCGUCUCUAGAAAUAUGUACUUAAUUUUUUAUAUCCAUAUGUAUAUUUAACGAAACCUCGACAACCGAACAGUUGUUGGGAUUUCAUACGCUAACAAAUAUUUAUAUUUUUUUUCUUUUUUAAAACACUUGUAUUAGUUUGGUAACAGGGCUAGUGAGUGAGAUGAGAGAGUCGCUCGCUGGCUUUUAGAAGUAGUUUUGUAUUUAGUGGUCUUAGUGUUUUGCCCGUACAUAACUUGUAUGUAAUGGAGCACCUAGAUACCCAAUGUGUCAUUACAUGAAUAAUAUUAGAAAAUGUGUGUUUUAUUUCAUAGUACCGAGGGAAGGUUUGUGCUGGGUUACUAUUUCACGGAAUCCUUAGUUUAGUUUGCACGUUGAGUUUACCUUGUGUUUACGUAGAGUUAAUUUUUUAAUAAAACGAUGUCCCAAUUCGGGCGCCAAAACUUCGAAUGGAGUGGGGGGAGUAUCCACAGGUCAUCGCGAUGGUAAGUCGGCUUAGAUAGAACUCAUCGAGGCAUGUGAACUCAUCGAAUAGUAGCAAAAGCGUCUUUGUGACUAACAAAUCUCAAUUUCCGAUCUCCUAAGGCAUGGUUGGCAUGGUAUAUUCAUACGUAAAUACAAACAUAUAUCUUCCAAAUUCACUGUCAAUUCUUUCAACGGGCGUUUGCCACACGUUGGUUGUGAAACGUGCUAUUACGAUAUUUUUCUUAAAGCCAAAUUGUAUAUUGGAUUUGAGAGAAAUAUUAGGACCUAGACACGUAGUGUAGACCUUAUAGUGACGCUUCGCUUAAUAACUACAGUCUUCCUGAUUUGCCAAAAAUAGGCCAAAGUUUGCAUUUUUUGCUCAAAUUAACAAUUCUCGAUGCUAAAAAUGAUCGCAGCCUUGAUGUUUGAAUCAGAAACGUUGUAUAGAUAUUGUGAUUAAAGUCAUUUUGCGAAACAAAAUGGCCGUUGGCUGCGAUGGAUCCCUGGCAGGAAGAUCUAAAGUAGAUUGUUUUGCCAAGAAAAGCCCGCAUACGCCAGAGUAGUAUAAGGAUAAGACAAUAAUAAAGGGAGACGUUGCCAACUACGACGCUAUAAUCUAAUUUAUUGCCAUAGACGAAAAUUACAUUCCUGUCUAGUCAUUUUAAAUAGGUUUUUUUUUUUAUAAUUCGAACGUUGUUGGUUAUUUGGAAAGAUAUCCACUAAAAGUCUAAUCUUGCUCAACUUAUCUUGCCUAGUUGUAGUUUGUUCUAUUUUAUCUACGAAAGCUUCGCAGUAGUCAUGUGCCAUACACCAUACAUGCCAUAGCACAGCAACGGUAACGUUACGAUAGUGAUGUACCACAUUGCUUCACGCGAUUCCAGGUUUACUGGACCAAUGUAAACAGAAGUAAAAAUAUAUUCUUAAUUAUUAAUAAGGUUAUAAUAUAUACAUGGAUUAAUAUACAACUUUUGGAUUGGUAUAAUAUAAAGUAUGUUAUGAAAAAAAAAAUUAAAAUUAUGUUGUGUGUUUUAAAUGUACGGCAGAUGCUAGAGUAGUUAUGUAGUGUAGUGAUUUUGAAAAUUUACAUAUAUAAUAUUAAACAUAAGUAACUAAUCGAAAGCAAUAACAUUAUUAUUAUAUUAAUACAGCACGCGCGCGCUGCGGCUAUACGACACGUGUAUGAUAAAAUAUCUAAUUAAAAAAAAAUUGCACCUCUUUCGAACGCUCAAUUCAACAUGGCGGACACGGCAGCGCGCGCUAUACAUGUUAGAUUAUUAUUAUACACACAAGCAUACAAAAUAUUACAAUAUUUUUGUAUAAUAGGAUUGGUGUAAUCAGUAGCGAGUUGGUAUUUGUAUUUUAAAGUUAAUAAUCGUGAUAAUUAUUCGAACACUUGUUGAUAAGUGAAAUAUGUGAUUUAAUAUGUUUAAAAACGUAGAGCGUGGGAUACGCCGCUUGGGGCGUGCGGUCAUGUUCUCGUAAUAAGACGUGCGCGCACUGUGGUAAUACCGAAUGAAAACCCCACUAUAAGCACCCUUGAAUGGGUUUUCUAUUUUUUAAGCAUAUAUUGUUACCUACAAUGCGCGUUAAAUCUCAAACAUGGCGGCAAAUAUAGACUUGAAAUAAUGCUAUUGUGUGUUUACAUCGCAAAACGAUACGACGCGAUUUAAUUAAAAUAAGUUUUUAGAUUGUUGCGAUGACGAUCAGUUUUAAAACUACUUUGUAACUUAAGUAAACGUGUUCUAAAGGCUAAAGUUAGUAUCAUAAUGUCAAGACGGAGAUGUCGUGGUUUAUCGCGAUAAUCGCACUUUAGUUAAGUACCUGUAUAGCGCAUCGCAACUAUCGCAAAACUUAAAUUUGUACCCUAACUAGAGGCUGUAUUUACAUUCCUUUUAUGUAUAUUAUUUGGUUGAUUGCAUUUUACGGUAGUACCUAUUUAAAACAAUAGUUUACCAUAGACAACGUAGAUAUGGGCUGUUUUUUUAUAUCCACAAAAUGCUAAUAGGCAAACAUUGUGCAAUAUAUAUAUAAUCGAUUUUUUUUAAUUGUAUAAUCUGAUAAGGAUGCCCGUAGUUUGGGAUGAAUUGGGGUCUGUAGAUGAGAGUAGAGUUUUCGUUUUUUUUUUUUAUAUACAUCAAAAUUAUUUCCAGGCAUAGACAAUUUUAUUCUUUUUAGACAUCAUACUGAAGCAUGUUAGUAAAAACGUACAAAUAUCCUUUAUUUGUUACAAGAACACUAAUAUUAUUCCAACUUUGGACAAGUAAACAGUGAUAUCUACUAGAAUGAGACUGUCUAUGCGCUUGAAAACACAUUUAAUAUUAGCUUCGUUUGCAGAGUAAUUAAGUUAACUGAAUGUUAUGUAACAGGUAUCCGAUACAAUCCAUAUAUGUAGAUCUGUAUGUAUUUUGGUACUGCGCCUUUUUUGUCUGGAAAGCAGCGUUUGAAAAGACGACGCUAUCAAAAAAGACGUAAUAGUCUAUAGACAUCCGGGCCGUCUAGAGGCCCUAGCUAGACGCAGUAGAAUGCGUUAGCGCCGGCCGCGCGCCUCCUUCAACGCCUUUAAAUACCUAUGGUUCAUCUUCACUUAGUCGAAUAUUAGAAAUAAAUGGUAAAAAAACACA